AUGGCACGGCUGUCGUAUGCUCUCGGAGUUGCUCCGACCAACACAUCAGAACGAAGCCUCGCCGAGUUGACCCAACUUCUCUCCCGGCUCGAAAGCUCGAUACUCCGCGCAGAUCCCGAACGAGAAAAGCGCCUGCGGUCCGACGAAUUCGAACGUACAAAGCUGAACCAGAAUCUGGACUAUGCACGACAGCUUCUGACAAGACUAGAGCAAGAAGCCCUCGGGGUGAAACUCCAUUCAAAAAAGCUAGAAACUCAAUCAGACUUGAACCGGAAAAGAGAUUUACUCGAGAGGCUUAUGGAUCGUAUGCACGACCUCGAACAGCUUCACUACGAGGAUGACGAUGGAUCAGAGGGAGAUGACAUUCUUAGCGAAAUCAUGCCGACGCCGAGUGAGAGCGUGGACUCCAGACCUGCAGGGGCUGCGGCAGAGGAUAUCGAGGAGCCGGAGGCGGAUAAGGAACUACCAAGUCGUCCGUCACCGGAAAUAGCAUCGUCAGCGAACGAACCGCUGCCUGCCGCUUCCACAUCGUCAGAGGACGCGACACCGCCGUCGACAUUGCCAGCCCCAGAACCCGUUUCCACCAUCUCAACACAAACCGUCCGUCCGCGGGGAUCUCACCCCGCACCAGGACAUGACACUGGCACGAGCACUGCCCGCGCGGCCCUCUUUGCAAACCGCCGCAUGAAUUCAAUAUCCAAAGCGCCCGCCACCACCAAGACGUCCACCGCGACAACCGAAGCCAUUCUCGACCACCAGCGCGCUGAACAGGACGUCCUGUCCGACUCGAUCCUGAAGAUGGCUAGCGCCCUCAAAAUGUCGUCGCAACGGUUCUCGUCAACGCUCGAGGAAGACAAGGCGGUGCUGAGCCGCGCUGGGGAUGGGAUGGACCGCACUGAGAAGUCCAUGGGCGCGGCUAGCCGUCGGAUGGGCACGCUGAGGCGCAUGACUGAAGGGAAAGGUUGGUGGGGCCGGAUGAUGCUUUACGCCUGGAUAUACGGGCUCAUGGUAGCACUCAUACUACUUGUUUUUGUGCUUCCCAAAUUGAGGUUCUGA